AUGUUGAAUGAAAACCUUCAUAAAGACGAGUACAUCCUAAACGAGGUGGUCAAUAACCAGACCUCCGAGUGCAAGCGCAUGUACGUGAAAGAGUACAAAAAAAUUGGUGAAGGUGCUUUUGGAACCGUGGUUGAGGCAUGCUUGUCAUAUGUCAACGACGACGGCCAUCCACAAGACGAGAAGCUUGGGCCCUUUGCUAUCAAAAGGGUGUUGGCCCAGACCGAGUAUAAGUGCAGAGAGUUGGAAAUCUUACGAACGGUGAAGCAUCCCAAUAUCGUAACAUUGCGCUUCUUUUUUGACAAGAGAAGCAAGCUAGACGGCAAGAUGUACCAAAACCUCGUAAUGGAGUGCUUACCCUCUAACUUACAGAAUGAGAUCAAGUACUAUCGCCAGUCGAAGUACACAAUUCCCUACCCACACAUGAAAGCAUACACAUUCCAAUUGACGAGAGCAAUGCUUUAUUUGCACAGCCUUAACAUUCUGCACCGUGACAUUAAGCCGUCGAACAUAUUGGUGGACCCAUCGACCGUGAGAUUAAAGAUAUGUGAUUUUGGUUCCGCCAAGCAAUUGGAGCCAAACCAGCCUUCCGUAAGCUACAUAUGUUCGAGAUAUUAUCGUGCACCAGAGCUCAUUGUGGGAUGCACCGUUUAUACGACAAAGAUCGACAUUUGGGGUUUGGGAUGUGUCAUAGCAGAGAUGUUUUUGGGUAAACCAAUUUUUCAAGGACAGUCCUCCGAGUCGCAAUUGAAGGAAAUCUCAAAGUUGUUGGGUCCCCCUCCAAAGACCUUUUUCUUCAAGAGCAACCCGCAAUAUAGAGGGAACAUGUUCUCCACGAAGUUGUUUAGCUGCUCGGUACAAGAAAGAUUUGAACAAAUCUUCUCCAUGUCUCCUCCUGAUGUUAUUGAUUUGCUACUUAAAAUUCUUGUUUACGACCCUGAAUUUAGAGCCAGCCCGAGCGCAGUUCUAGCGCACCCUUUCUUUGAUGAACUAAGGAAGGAUCAUUUCCAGGUGUACCCUAGAGGUGCGCAUGAACCCAUGGAACUCAACUUACUUGACUUUACACCCUAUGAGCUAGACUUGUUGGGCCCUUAUAAAGAACUGUUCUUGAGGUAG